GUCCCGAUCGGGCGUAUUAUGUGGUGCACGAAUUAAGGACCAAGUGACUGGCGAGGAAUUCAACAUACGGGCAAAAGGAAUCAUCAACGCCACCGGGCCAUUUUGCGAUGGCAUUCGAAAGUUGGACGAUCCAACAAUUGAGAACAUUGUAGCUCCCUCCUCGGGAGUUCAUAUCACUCUCCCAUCUUAUUAUGCACCCUCUCAUAUGGGACUCAUUGAUCCUGAAACUUCAGAUGGUCGAGUGAUUUUCUUCUUACCUUGGCAAGGUAACGCAAUUGCUGGUACAACUGAUUCACCUGCUCCAGUUCAACAAGAUCCUUUACCUAAAGAAGAAGAAAUCCAAUGGGUACUUGGUGAAGUACGAAAUUAUCUUAGUCCUGAACUCAAAGUCCGACGUGGAGAUGUAUUAUCAGCUUGGUGUGGACUUAGACCACUUGUACGAAAUCCAGCUGCCAAAGAUAGUCAAUCGUUGGUACGAAAUCAUAUGAUCAAUGUUUCACCAUCAGGACUCUUGACCAUCGCAGGUGGUAAAUGGACUACGUACCGUGCUAUGGCUGAAGAAACUGUAGAUGCGGCUAUUGACGCCUUCAAUUUGAAACCGAACGGACCAUGUAUCACCACUCAUCUUCAACUUAUCGGUGCUCAUGGUUGGCACAAAACGCUUUAUAUUAAAUUGAUUCAAGAUUUCGGACUUGAAAGUGAAGUAGCCAAACAUCUUACUGAUAACUAUGGAGAUCGAGCAUGGUCAGUUUGUGCCUUAGCAGAACCAACAGGAAAUCGAUGGCCAGUACAUGGAAAAAGACUUGAUCCAUCAUAUCCAUACUUGGAAGAAGAAGUCAGAUAUGCUGUUAGAAAUGAAUAUGCAGUGACGCCGAUUGAUAUAAUUGCAAGAAGAACAAGAUUAUCGUUUUUGAAUGCACAAGCUUCAUUGGAAGUCUUACCACGAGUGAUUGAUAUCAUGGCCGAAGAAUUAGGUUGGAAUCAUGUACAAAAAGAAACUUAUUUUGAAAGUUCAAGAGAUUUCUUGUUAUCUAUGGGUUUACCUAGGUCCAAGACUUGGCUUAGUCUUUCGGAUGUGAGAAGAGGAUUAUUGAAGAAACAAACUCGGGAUGAAGGACAAAUUUUCUCUCGAGCAAUGUUCAGUCCUAAGGAAUUGAAUCAAUUAAGAAAAGAAUUCGCGGAUACAGAUUCUAAUGGUGAUGGAAUGAUUUCACCUGAUGAUUUAGAAAAAGCACUCAAACACUUGAAUUAUGGAAAUGUACCCAAGGGAACUGUAGAAACACUUGUUUCUGAAGCACAACUUAAUCAACCAGGUUUAAUUGAUUUCUCCGAUUUCUUGGAUAUUGCAUCUGCUGCAAAAGAAGUUUCUUUAUCAAAUACAUUACAAAGGUUUUUAAGUGCUGAUUCACAACAAGCUGGAUCUAUUGAAUCUCAACAACAACAACAACCAGAUCCAGUUGGACCAUUUGCUAAGGAAAGUUCUGGUAAAGAAUCUGAACAGAUUCUUCGGCUGUUUGGAGUAGAUCAAUUCCAGUUGAAAGAUCAGGUGGUGGUACAUAAAGUAUUAUAA